CGCCCGCUCCCCUCCCCCUGUCCCGCGCCCCGCGGCCGCCCGGCGCCCGCCCGGGGCUGGAUGGUCGCAGAGGGCAAGGUGGCUCCAGGAUGUUAGGGGCUGUGAAGAUGGAAGGGCACGAGAGCGGCGACUGGAACAGCUACUACGCGGACGCGCAGGAGGCCUACUCCUCCGUCCCGGUCAGCAACAUGAACUCGAGCCUGGGUUCCAUGAACUCUAUGAACACCUACAUGACCAUGAACACCAUGACUACGAGCGGCAACAUGACGCCGGCCUCCUUCAACAUGUCCUAUGCCAACCCGGGCCUGGGGGCCGGCCUGAGUCCGGGAGCGGUGGCCGGCAUGCCCGGAGGCUCUGCGGGAGCCAUGAACAGCAUGACGGCGGCGGGCGUGACGGCCAUGGGGACGGCGCUGAGCCCGGGCGGCAUGGGCGCUAUGGGCGCGCAGCCCGCGGCCUCCAUGAACGGCCUGGGCCCCUACGCGGCCAUGAACCCCUGCAUGAGCCCCAUGGCGUACGCGCCGUCCAACCUGGGCCGCAGCCGGGCGGCCGGCGGGGGCGAUGCCAAGACUUUCAAGCGCAGCUACCCGCACGCCAAGCCGCCCUACUCCUACAUCUCGCUCAUCACCAUGGCCAUCCAGCAGGCGCCCAGCAAGAUGUUGACCCUAAGCGAGAUCUACCAGUGGAUCAUGGACCUCUUCCCCUAUUACCGGCAGAACCAGCAGCGCUGGCAGAAUUCCAUCCGCCACUCGCUGUCCUUCAACGAUUGCUUCGUCAAGGUGGCGCGCUCCCCCGACAAGCCAGGCAAGGGCUCUUACUGGACGCUACACCCGGAUUCAGGCAACAUGUUCGAGAAUGGCUGCUACCUGCGCCGUCAGAAGCGCUUCAAGUGCGAGAAGCAGCCCGGGGCCGGUGGCGGGAGCGGGGGCGGGGGCGGUUCCAAGGGCGGCCCUGAAGGCCGUAAGGACCCCGCGGGCACUGGAAAUCCCAGCACCGAGUCACCCCUCCAUCGGGCUGUGCACACCAAGGCGAGCCAGCUAGAGGGCGCGCCGGCCCCGGGGCCCGGGCCCGCCGCCAGCCCCCAGACUCUGGACCACAGCGGGGCGACGGCGACAGGGGGCGCCUCGGAGUUAAAGACUCCAGCCUCCUCCACUGCGCCCCCCAUAAGCUCUGGGCCCGGGGCGCUGGCGUCUGUGCCCCCUUCUCACCCGGCGCAUGGUCUCGCACCUCACGAGUCCCAGAUGCACCUGAAAGGGGACCCGCACUACUCCUUCAACCACCCCUUCUCCAUCAACAACCUCAUGUCCUCCUCAGAGCAGCAGCACAAGCUGGACUUCAAGGCUUAUGAGCAGGCCUUGCAGUACUCGCCCUACGGUGCCACCUUGCCCGCCAGCUUGCCUCUCGGCAGUGCCUCUGUGGCCACCAGGAACCCCAUCGAGCCCUCAGCCCUGGAGCCGGCCUACUACCAAGGUGUGUAUUCCAGACCAGUCCUAAACACUUCCUAGCUCCUGGAACUGAAGGUUUGUCUUCAUGACCAUGCUGGUAGCAGGAAAGAGGGGGGGGAGGGGGAGAGGAAAAAAAAAUCAGCAAAGGAAACCACCCAUACCAAACCAACAACAGCAUAGUAAAAUCCCAACUUUUUUUCAUGCACAAAUUUUCCCUAGUGCAAAAGACUGUUACUUUUAUUAUUGUAUUCAAUACUCUCUGUGUAUAUUAUUACAAAGACAACCAAUCCUGCACCAAUUUUUCCUGCAAAGUUUAAUAAUCCACAAGUGUCUGUGUGUGUGUGUGUGUGUGUGUGUGUGUGUGUGUGUGUAUGUAAUCUUCUUCCACAUCCCCCUUCCCUCUUGUCCUUCUUUCCUCUGAAGAUCCAUUCUGUUCUGCACAGGGUUUAUUUAAAAGAGAAAAAAGGAAGGAAGGAAGGAAGGAAGGAAGGAAGGAAGGAAGGA